AUUAAGAUCAGUUUCACACAGUGCGACAUUCUGUCCGGAUCUUUCGUCAAUCAAUCCUUCAAUCAUUGGCCAUUGAAAUUGUUUGUCCUUUAAUUUGUUAAUAGAAUGGUGAAAGAGGCUUACCUCACCAUUUUAGCAAUGGCAGUGGCCUGUUGCGCUGCCCAUAGAGGAGAGUUCGCAAGAUCUGGGAGUACUGAAAUGAAGAAUGAAACGAUUAAAGAUCUUGUCGCCAUCGAUGAGCCAACUAGUCGGAGUACCAGUUGCGCAAUCGCUUCAGUGCCGUGCAGUUGUGCUAGCGCUUUGGGCAUCUGUACUUGUGAUGCCAUCAAUGGGUGCGUCUGUACGAGCGGCACUUGUUCCAUCAGCACCAGUACUGGAACUACGACCACUACGACUACUACCACAAGCACCAGUACCAGUACCAGUACCACCACCGUCUCCUGCAGCAAUUGCAUCUGUACGACUACUGUCUGCGUCAACACUGUAUGCACAGCCACUGCCACAGGCACGGCCUGCACCACGACAACUACAACUGGCGGAGGAGGAGGAGAGUUGCAGGUCAAUGAAGCAAUGCGCUUGAAUUCACUAUUUUCGCUGGGAAUAACAGAGUUUUGA